UGUGUGUUAUCAACAAUAUCAACAUUUUACAAAAUUACAAAAAACUUGAUAAAUGAACUAAUAAAUAUCUCAAUCGCGAAGAAUGUGACGAUGUUUCGAUAAUUUUAUCAAGAAAUACAAUCCAGUAGUUUAUUUUUCGUUCAAUUAUACCGCAAGCAGUGAUGAUGGAGAAUUUACCAAACAUGGAUAUGUACGAAAGCUACAGCGGAAAUCUAGAAGGGACUAUGAAUAUACCUGGUCAGACGAAUGUGAAACUAGGCGAACCAGAUUUCAAUACAUUAGAUGAACCUAUUAAAGUCACUAUUAUGCGUGAUCUUCAUGCAGUUUUAACGAAGUUCAAACACGUAUUACAACCUAAAGAGAAGAAGAGUUUAUUGAAAGAAUGGGAUUUAUGGGGACCUUUAUUACUUUGUACGUUUAUGGCUGCGAUUCUUCAGGGUUCUCCAGAUUACGUUACCGAUGAUUAUCAUCACGAUGGUGGACCAGAAUUCGCUGAAGUAUUUGUCAUCGUUUGGAUUGGAGCUCUAAUAGUCACGUUGAACUCUAAAUUAUUAGGAGGCAACAUAUCAUUUUUCCAAAGCGUUUGUGUGCUUGGAUAUUGUCUAUUACCUACGACAAUCGCCUUAGUAGUAUGCCGAUUUGUGUUAUUAUUUGGUAAUUCCACGUUUUUAUUUUGUUUGAGAUUCAUCAUCGCUAUGACAGGCUUUGGAUGGGCUACUUAUGCUUCGAUGAUAUUUCUUGGUGAUAGUCAACCUGUUGGAAGAAAAGGUUUAGCUGUUUAUCCUAUUUUCUUAUUUUAUUUCAUUAUUUCUUGGUUGGUUCUGUCGCAUACCGCUCAAUGAAAGACUGUCAGUGUAUCGUUUUGAAAAGUGUAUCAUCACUGAAAAUUUUCAAUUUUUGUACAAAUAUUCGAGUAAUAUCAUUUUUUUCCUUGUUUAUUCGAUUGUAAAUAAUUAAAUAUACAUUACCAUUUUUCGACGUCUUACAAACUAUUUCUAGUUCCAUCGUUUAAUACCUAUUGUGUUUUAUUACAUAUUUUUAAUAUUUCUUGUAUGUACUUGUGUAUUAUGAAGUUGUCGAAGGGUUUUUAAAUUAAAACUUCUUGCCUCGUU